AUCUGCAUCAUUUCCUAAUCUCUGUAUGUAACCAACAUUUGUUCAGAGUUUACUCAUCUGUUUCAAAACCAAAAUUGACUUCAGUAUUUCACCUGAUAAUCACUCCUUAAAUUCUUAUCUCUAUGUUUUUAUAGUGUAUUGGGAUUGUUUACUUACGACCUUUAAUCAGAAUUGUUUUGUAUGUUCUAUGACUGUUAUGUCUUGUUAUGAUCGAGUCCUGUGAUGGUUUAACUAUGUACUAAAAAUAUUGCUGUAAUGCUGAAUAACUUCCUAGGGAUUUUAUUGCUGACUAGCCACGUAAACUCUUCUAGUCUUUUCGAGAAAAUUCCAGUGCGUUACGUACGAUAAGUAAUCGUGUAAGCAUGAUUUGCAACUUUUGACAUUGCGAUGGUUCAUAAAAGCAGGAAACAAUCAUCGUGAGUCAUUCUGGCGAGAGAAACCGACCAGACAGUGCCGUUAGAAUGGAGUUUCCACGUUUGGGAGAGAGCUGUUCGAACUCUUCCUGCAAUAAAUUUGAUUUCCUUCCGCUGAAGUGUGAUGCCUGCCAGAAAUUAUUUUGCCAGGAGCACUUCCGGUACGACGGCCACGGCUGCCCCGCGGCCUACCGCAAGGACGUGCAGGUCCCGGUGUGCCCCCUGUGCGGGACUCCCGUGCCUGUGGGGCGCGGCGAGCUGGCAGACGCCGUGGUCGGCGCGCACAUCGACCGCGACUGCCUGUCCGAUCCUGCCAGGCACCGGCGCAAGGUGUUUGCCAACAAGUGCGCGGUGAAGGGCUGCCGCGGCAAGGAGGUGGUCCCGGUGCGGUGUCCCGAGUGCAGCCUCAACCACUGCCUGAAGCACCGCCACCCGGCCGACCACCGUUGCGUGGGGCGCGCCCAGGCUGCCCGCAACAGAGCCGCGGAGGCGGCCCUGUCGCGCACCAAGACGGCCCCCGGCCCGAGGGGGGGCCCCGGGAAGACUACCGCCGCGCCGCCGCCCGUGUCCGCCGUUCAGGGUUCGCUGAGUGAAGACGAGGCCCUGGCAAGAGCUCUCGCGCUGUCGCUGGAAGAAGCGGAUGGAAACUGCGGCGUCACGGAGCAGAGGAGAGCCACAUCGCCACGCGAACGCUGCGCAGUCUCGUAGCACGCCCACCACAACCGUGCUGCGCAACUCGUAACCGUCCUUCCACCGCCGUACUGCACAUUUUCAUGGCACGCCAACCACUUUGUGCUGAGCAAAUCGUAGCACGCCGUAUACAGCAUUUUCGCAGGCUGCGGCAUGCCUUCAUUGCCGUGCUGCACGAGUUAGAUAUCGCAAGCUGAGCAUCCAACCGUGAGAACCUACGUGUUUCAAAAAUAACACUUUGCCAAACCAACUAUUAAAAAAAAAAUUACAAACAGUAAUGUUCAAAGACUCCCUUUUUCAGCAUGUCUGGUAAACAAAAUGAUUUUAUGGAAUACCACAAAAAUGAUUAAGGAGUUUAAUUGCAUUAGUAAGAAACUACCUUAUAGGGUUAUCACAACACUAGGUCUGGUCUCUGGUACGAAGGUAGUACUCUAUAGACGGUGGUAGUGACACACUCAACAGGUGGUGGUAGUGAAACACCAUAGGUUGUGGUAGUGACACCCACUCAGGCGGUUGGAAAAAAAAAAGUUGCUAAUUAAAAUGACAUUUACAUAAUACCAGCUCGUAACAGGCCCGUCACCGCCGUGUUUCGCAGCUCGUAGCAUGUCGUCGAGCGCCUUGUUGCGUUGUCACUAUAAAUGAUUGUGAUCAGCUGAGCCUUAAGUUGUAAACUAUGAUAAAUGUGAUACUCGAUCAAAGAGAAAUUUAUUAUUAAAGCAUAAAAUACUCUUAACUAUAUGUGUAUUAUCUUGUAUAAUUUUUUCAUCUUUCUUUUUUCCUCUACAAUUUUUCAUGUUAUUGGUUUUUAUACUAAACUGUUUUACUAAUAGCACUGAGUUUCUGUAUUCACAUUCCUUGUAUAUAUGUACUCUAUGUAGCACAAUUAUUUUUGCAAGAAAUAUAUGUUUUUAUUGAA